AUGACAGCCCUGGCCUCCUCCUCCAUCCCCUCCCUCACCCUCCUCUACGAACUCCGCAAACUCUCCCCCGCCCCCACCGGUAGCACCCUCCCCCCGACCCUCCUCGGCCCCAACACCGGCACCGUCCUCCCCCCACCCUCCAAAACCCUCAACGACCGCGUGGGCCUCAUCCGCGGCGACAUCACCAAGCUCGCCGUGGACGCGAUCGUCAACGCGGCCAACCGCUCCCUGCUUGGCGGCGGCGGCGUCGACGAAGCGAUCCACCGCGCCGCGGGGCCCCAGCUCUACCUCGAGUGCCGCGGCCUGGGCGGGUGCGAGACGGGCUCCGCCAAGAUGACGGCCGCCUACGCGCUGCCGUGUCAGCGCGUCAUCCACGCCGUCGGGCCCGUGUACAACCCGUUUAAUCCUGAGGGGUCGGAGCGGUUGUUGACGGGGUGCUACACGCGCAGCUUGGAGCUGGCGGUGGAAGCGGGGUGCCGCACGGUGGCGUUUAGCGCGAUUAGCACGGGCGUGUAUGGGUAUCCGAGCGAGGAGGCAGCGCCGGCGGCGCUGAGCGCGAUUAGGAAGUUUUUGGUGGGGCCGGAUGGGGGGAAGAUUGAUAAGGUGGUGGUGGUGACGUUUGAGAGGAAGGAUGUGGAGGCGUAUAAUGAGGUUUUGCCGCUCUACUUCCCGCCCGUCGCCGAAGACCAGACCACGACCGACCGCGAGAAGGAGACGAGCGAGACAGAAGCCCGGCUCACGGCCGAGGCGGAGGCGGUCGCCAACGAGCUGCCCAGCACCCCGACGUCUGACCCCUACGAUGUCGGCCAUGCCGGCAAGAAGCAGAAGCACAAGCAGAUGGAGGAUUGA